AUGGCUUUGGCGGGGACGUCUACAGCGCCCUGCACAGGUGUUUCCGCGUCCUUGCGGACAUGGCGUUCGGGCAGGCCACCUGCAGGAUCCUCCGCAGCUUCACUGCGAGGCGAGGCUGGUCUCGUUGAUGCAUCAGCUUCAACCCGCGGUCUCCGGGCAGCGCCGGCCUUGGAAGAUGUUGUGGAGAGACCGGCAGAGUUGGCGCUCCUGGAUUUGAGGAUCAACCCGACGACCGCAUUCCCGCAGAUGGAGCGUUUGGAUGCAGCUUGGCAGAUGGGGUGUUUCUUCAAGACACGAGAGCAGGAGCUGCGAACCUGUCGAGGUCUCUUCUUUCUUGCCAUGGAGUCGGUGUCUCCCAUGUCGCCCUUCCGGCGAGCGGUGUCCGAGGGGAGCACCCGGCACAUGCACCUCUGCAUUGUGCAGUCCUCCUCUACAGAGGAGCAGGUGGCCCAGUGGCGGGAGCAAGCGGUCCUUGAGCUUCAGAAGAGCCGACUCGGAGGCGGCCGCAGCAACCGGGCCCGCGGGGGCAGCGCGGUUGCGAGCUACCCUCUGACUGGCUUCCAGUCUAUGGCAUCUCAAGUGGCGGCUGCCACCCAGGUGACUCGGGGCCCUUCGCUUUGGCCGUCGAUGCCCACGGUGGAGAUGCACGGCGAGGAGAUAUCUCAUCAGCACCAAGCAGUGCAAAGUAUGAGUUGCGUGGACAGAGUGUGGUGGCACUUCCAGGGCUGGUUCCUGGCCAUCGCGGUGGGCAUUUGCACCUCCCUCUCCGGUGCCAGUCUGGACAUGGGCGUGCAAGGCCUGUCGUCGCUGCGCUUCGGCCUUUGCAAGAGCAGCUUCUGGGUGCCGUUUCGGCACUGCCCGCAUGAGUCUUGGGUCUACUGGGGCGAGGGCGUCACCGGGCUUUUCAUCAGCGUCAGCUACGGUACUUUCCUGGCCUUUAUCUCGGGCCUACUGGUCUUCUCCUUUGCCCCUUCCGCGGCUGGCUCUGGCAUUCCGGAGGUGAAGACGAUUCUGAACGGCUUUGUCAUGGCGGACGUGGUCUCUCUCCGCACGCUGCUGAUCAAGAUCCCGGGCCUGAUGCUGUCAGUGGCCGCAGGCAUGUCCUUGGGCAAGGAAGGGCCCUUGGUCCACGUGGCAGUGUGCUGGGCUCAGCAGCUGUCCAGAUUCUUUCCGCAGUUCGCCAACGAGUCCAAGCGCCGGGAGCUCUUCUCCGCGGCGGCGGCCGCGGGGGUGAGCACCGCCUUCGGGGCGCCCCUGGGGGGAGUGCUCUUCAGCCUCGAGGAGGUGAGCACCUUCUUCCCGAGCCGCACUCUGGUGAAGUCCUUCACCGCGGCCAUGGCCGCCGCCAUCGUGCUGUCGGUGAUCAACACCACCAACACCCAGGGCCUGACUCUCUUCAGCGUCGAGUACAGCACGGCAUGCCACCCAGUCGAGUACUUGGUCUUUGCGGUGCUGGGGGUUUUGGGGGGUUUGAUCGGCGCACUCUUCAACGCGGUGAAUGUGCAGUGGUCCGCCUUGCGGAUGCUCCCCUCUUUCCGGCAGCGCGUGCACCCCGUGGCAGAGGUCACGGCCAUUGCGCUGGUGACGACACUGACGUCUUUCCCCUUGGCUAUGACUCGUGUGCUCAGCUCUGACGCAAUCCACGCCCUCUUCGAAGCCUGCGAUGCGGGAUCAGGGCGGCAGCUGCGGGGGCACCUGGGGCUCUGCACGGCGGAGGACCUCUACGCGCCCUGCACCUGGCAGCUGGUGUCGCAGCUGCUGCUGGCGGCGCUGCUGCGCCUGCUGCAGACCAUUCUCACCUUCGGCGUGCCCUGUCCAGCAGGCCUCUUUGUGCCUUCCCUGUUCACCGGCGCUGCCCUGGGCCGGCUCGUGGGCAUCCUCGUGCAGGCCAUGAACCACGAGCAACAGCUCUUCCCGCGCAGCGUGGAGCCUGGGGUGUAUGCCAUGGUGGGGGCAGCCGCCGUCCUGGGCGGCGUCUGCCGGGUCACCAUCUCCCUGGUGGCCAUCAUGCUGGAGCUCACUGGUGGCAUGACCUACAUCGUGCCCUUCAUGAUCGCGGUUGGAGACACUCUCAAUGAAGGCAUCUACGACCUGUACAUAGUUCUGAAGGGGUACCCGUUCCUUCAGGAAGACCUGGAUGUGACCUUCACAGAGAGAUGUUGCGACAUCAUGGAGACAGGCUUGACCAAGCUGGACAUGGGUCUGCAACCAACUGUUGCUGACCUGACCUGGCUGGUGCAGAACUUCCACUUCCGCGGAUAUCCGGUGGUCAAGGGCGACAGCUUCGUGGGAUAUGUCAAGCGGGAGCAUCUCCGUGAUCUGCUGGGGCACCUGACGACCCUGGGCCGCGGUGAGGCGGAAGUGGUGCAAGAAGAAGAGCUCUUGCCAGUGGUGGACAGUGCAGUGAUGAGAAUGUCCCCCGACGCUCCUCUCUCGCAGGCGCACCGCGUCUUCAAGCAGCUGGGCUGCAAGUUCAUCUUCCUGGUGGGCUCGCGACGCGGGACCACGCAGGACGUGCUGCAGGGCAUUCUAUCCAAGAAGAACUUCCUGAAGUUUCUCAAGUCCGGCAAAGUCGGGCACAUGCUGGACUAUCCAAACAGCGAGCCGUAUCGAGCGGCGCGCUUCCGGCAUGGCGGCAUGGCGGCUGACGUGGCGGUCGCCGCCAUGGAGCGUGUGCGCACGCACUCUUUUGUGGCCUCGCUCUUCAACAACUCUCGGCGGAGGUCUGACUCCAUGCUGGAGGCACUGCGAGCACCAGAGGCGUCCAGCUCGGGUGGGGAGGAACGCGAGGAGGUGUGGGAUCCGGAGGCCAGCAUGACAAGCUCCGAGUUUGUGAUGCAGGAUCACUCGGAGCGCCCAGACGAAGCAGCUCGGUGAGCUCGGCAUCCCGUGAGAGCCGUAGGACUGUGCGGGUUUUCAAGGACUGGCGCGUGCAGGCGCCAAAACGGGUAAACCUGUCCCUGGCAGCAAGAAAGACGUGGAGGCGUCGCGAAUUCAUGGCUCCAUGGCCUCAUUUUCCAGGUGCUCUUAUUUUCCAGGUACCCAGAAGCUGGCACGUCCAAUGGCGUGGCUGGUGGUGACUGGGUUUCCUGUGGGCAAAGUCCUGUGCGGUUCCCGAACCUCAGCUGGCAGUAGAUCGAGCAUUUAGAGG